AAUAAAAUUUGGUACCCCAAUUUGCUUUAGCCAAAAAAAACGCAUGCGCACGUACCGGAAAGUGUGACGAACGCAUUUCCUCAAGAUCCAACCCACAACAACGGAGAAAGUGAUUAUUUGUAGAAUUGCGCAGCUAAUACGUUUCAUAAGAAUACCUUGUAUGGCGUUGUCUCGGUAUAUCCACAGCAAAAGACAGUGAAUGCAGCAGUCCAUUCGCGCUAAUAAGUUCGCCUAGUGUAAAACCGACUUAACGAUAUAUUAUACGUCUACAAUGCAGUAGUUAGGCCACACCAUAAUAAUGUUUUAAUUCAUAAGGCUGCAACCAGAAACACCGAUGCAUGCCGAAUUUCGGUCACAUGGUGUUGCGUGCUGGUAGCAACACUAAACAUAGCAAAAUCAAGCAAGUCUAUUGGCUGUGGAAAUAAACACUGAAUAAUACAUACUUCAGUCAGUCGAAUUAUAGACUCAUACUGCAUUGAAUCUGUUGCGAAUGACUUCUACCAGGGAUUAGAUAGGUUGUAUAUAUUCACCAUUUUUUUUAUAGGCCUAUAUAUACAUUAUGGCAAGAAGUCUUUCUCUAACGUUAUUUAUUUUUAUCUGGUUUCCUCUAAUGCUGAUGACGAUAAUUGGAAACUUCAUUGUUAUGCUCACUGUGUUUCGUAAACGUUCGCUAGUAAAAACUCCGAAUAAUAUAUUUGUGUCAUCUUUAGCACUUUUCGAUUUCUUAACCGGCCUUAUUGGACUUCCUGUUCUGAUGGCUCCCCUAUACGAGGGACACUGUGAAGAAAUAUGGUACAGUAUAGCCCCCAUUAUAAUUAUCCCUGUCUCAGUGCUGAAUCUGAGUGUGAUGACAUUUGACCGGUUUCUCGCGAUUAAAUACCCACUUCGACACCAUGUGUGGAUGUCACCUGAAAGAGCAAUUAGAAUUAUUAUUAUUGUUGACGCUUGUGGUGUUUUUUACGGAGGAAGUCCAGUUGUUGUAGCUGCCGUUGCAAGCCUAUUUGUGCCACUAUCUAAUGUGACGUUUGAAUACAUGGCGUUGGAAUACGACUGCGGGAUGGCAGCACAUGUUGCAACGUACGGCCGAACUGUUAGCGAUUACAUUACGUUCCAAUUUUUCUGCUUAACAUUUCCUAUGAUGUUUAUGGUAUAUGCGUAUGUUUACUUCAUUGCGUCAAAGAAAGGAAAGGAGAAUGCAACACACCAGGGAAAGAAUAUUAGAAGACGAGAAAUGAAAGUGACAAAAACCACGGCCAUAGUACUUCUUUCUUACACCCUGUGUAUUGCACCAAUUUCUCUCAGACCCAUUGUUAUGGCAUACGUUAAUAGCCCCACAUGGCUUUUGAUUUACAAGUGGUCUUCAAAGUUUCUCAUUUUUGCUAACUCGAUGAUGAAUCCGUUAGUUUAUGCAGGAAGAAGUAAAGAAAUGAGAAAAGAAUUCAAAGAAACCUUUAAAUUCAUCAUUUGCAAGGUUUCAUCCGGAUCAAGAAACGCGAUCAGUCAGACACAGUCACCCACUAGACGACAGUCGCCCAAAGGGGAUUUGGUGACAUCAUCAACAAACUUGGCAGCUCGUUUCACCACUUCCUUUGACAACACUUGCGACGUUCCAGUGCAGGUACUAUAGAAACAAACAUUAGAUAUCAUCACACACACUAAUAGGAUCAAAAUACCAAACGCACUGCCCGAUGUUCAACCGUUUCGCAUUUUGUUACAGUUACGAAUUAAAGAGAACAAUAUAGAUGGUUCAACGUGUUGGACCAGCACACUGACCGAAAAUUACCAGUACGACAUUGGCAAGCAUAACAAUCUCUCUUUUUUUUUCCCAACUGAACUUAAUUCUCUAAUUUUGAAUUCACCAUUUCACUCUUAUAAUUUUUAAUGUUAGUUUAUUUCUUGGGAUCACAAUGCAACAUAUGAAUAUUUUUACCAGAUUAUUUUUCAUCCUGAUAAAAUAUGUGUAUAUAUAAUGAAUUGUUCUGGAUUUUAUUAAGUAU